GUUUGGUUCGGAAAAAAGAAGUUACUUAGUACUGUAUAGUUGUAUUGUUGUAAACACACAAGAGAAAUGUGAGAGUGAGGAAGCAACGAGGUGCGAGACGUUUAAAUAAAGACAACAGAAUGCUAUAGAUGACUUGUGAUUGUGUUUAUAAUGUUAUCUCGUAUGUAGCGUAUGCAUACACGUGAUUGUAAUCUUGGCUGAUACCUAUCAUUCCAUAAAAAUGAAGAUAUCUAAACAGAGCAACUUAUAUCUUUUGAUUGGAUUUAUUUACAUUCGUUGCUAUAUUAGUGGUGCAUUGAACCUCAAUUCUGAGUUCAGACAAGACCUAGUAGUCGAAAAUGAAGAUACCACUUCUUCACUUACUAUAAAUAAUAACAUGGAACUGAAACGUCUUGCUAAUAAAUUUGCUGAUAGACUCAAAGAUUUGGGUGAUAGUGAGUUAGGCGUCCUUUCAAUUCAGAAUAUUUUGGAUUCUGUCGAGUAUAGAUCCGGUGAUGACGAUAGCUCAAAACAUGUUCAGAGAUUGGCAGAGAGAAUGGUAACCAAGCUUUCAGCAUACUUUGACGUACUAAACCACAGUGCCAAUCUCAUCCAAGACUUUAAACAUCACUCCAAGAAGCUCUGUUACGUCAAUGUUCCUUGUAUCUAUAUCUCUGAAAAUGGGUCAUAUGAAGAGUCUUACAACAAUUCAACAGUAGACUUCAACAAUCUACCACUUUCAAUCUUAAAUCUUACAGAAGGAUUCACAUUAUACCCUGAACCAGGUCCAAAUAGAAAUUUACAUUAUUUUAUUUCUGAAAUGGAACCUGAAAGAUUGACUCAUGUAUACAGUGAUGAUUUUAGUGGUGACAAAUGCAUCAUCAUGGACGAUCCACAUUUCCAGAGAGCGUUUCUGAAAACAGUAUCAAAUGAGCCAAAACAGAUAGUCGUGCUUGUGGAUAACGGUGUUUCUCUGAGUGAAAACCAGUUUACCAUUGCCAAAUCUCUAGCAAACCACAUAAUUUGGUCACUGUCUGAAGACGACCGAGUGACCUUGUUUGCUGUGUCAGAUGUUACCACUUCUGCAAUGUCUGUGUCUCCCCACCACUGCUCUCAGUUGUCUAUGGCCUACGCUACACAUUCAUUGAAACACCAGUUCAGUACCUUUAUUGAUGAUCUCUACAAAUCAAAAGGUCAUACAAAUCAUUCAUUGGGAUUCACAAUGGCUUUCAAAGCAAUAGAGGAAUCAAUGAAAAAUGAAACUGCUAAUGCGCUGAUAGUGUAUAUCAGCAGAGGCUUGAUGUCUUUCAUCACAGAAGCUAAAACAUUGAUGGAAGUAAUAAGCCAAGGUCAAGACUCUGUCAUACCCAAUGUCAUCAUCAACACAUGCGUUCUUAUAGAUGAUGGGAAAACGAUACUGUAUGAGAAACAUUUCAUGAGAGUGGUGGCACAGCAGAACUUCAGCAAGUACAACAUCUCAAAUGCGAAAAGUGAGGCAGGCAUGGUUGUCAAAGGUACAAUGGUAUCAGUGAACUCCAGCUCUAACAUUGGGGCAGUGGUGCGGUCAGUGCUAUCCACCCCCAACCUGCAGCCUCAUUCUCCACUCCACCCACUGAAAUCUAAGCCUACAUUCUUGAUGCCAACAUGGGAUGUUACAAAUAAAGGAGAGUUGGUGGUCAGCAUAUCCAAAACAGUUUUGGAUAAGGAAGGCAACCUCUUGGGAAUUGUAGGUGUAGACAUUGCUCUUGAAGACCUUGCAGAAGAUAUCAUUUUCUAUAAUGAUUUCAGGAGAUCAUACGCUUUCUUUGUAACAACAAGAGGUAAGGCUAUGGUUCACCCAUUGAUGAAGCAACCAAGCAACAUGAUGUAUGAACAACCAAUAGCUCUAGACAUCACAUACUUUGAGACUUGUAAGGCCUUCGCUCGUUCCAAGAACAUAAUAUUUCACAAUAUCAGUGGUGUCAUGUCACUACAAAAAGAUAGGUUGACAUACAGCUGGCAGCAUGUUCCCAGAACUCCUUAUAUCGUUGUGACUGUGAAUACUAUUUCUCGUCGUAAAAAUCCUGUCUGGUCCACGUCAACGGUGCCUAGUUCUGUCAUGGCUCCAACAGUCAGCUUCGCCUAUCACAGACUCGACCUAUCCAAUACUGGACAGUACCAUUUGUGUAGGAACUUCAGGCAGCUCUCAUCUCUUGACACAGGCAGUUUGUUUCUCAGUGGUUGGUGUUUCCAGUCACCAUAUAAACAUCUUCUGUCAGAAGAAAAUAUCUCCCAGCUCAAUGUGCAAAGCUACAUGGCUUAUCUGAAGGACACAACCAAACUUCUAGCCAACCCUGGUCUGCGGUCUGGCAUCCGUUCUGAACUGAUUUCUUUGUCUGCCAUUAUUCCUUAUUGGAAAAAAGUUUACAUCCAUAGCUCACUCUCUAAAUACAUUGUUCGCAAGUAUGCGGUAACUAGCAGUGGUGCUGUGGUGAUGUAUCCUGGAGGUGUAGUGAACCAUAGAUUGGAUGUGAUGCAUCGCAACUGGUACAUGCGAGCUAUAGAGUAUCCCAAAGUAACAACUGUUACACCACCCUACCUGGAUUCAGCUGGAGCAGGUUAUGUGGUCACUCUCAGCGUUGCCGUUGGACAAGAUCCAGUAAUGUUCGUACUAGCUGUUGAUUUUACUUUGGGAGCCAUGUUUAAUCUGAUGGUGGAGUCCUUACCAUCAUGUUCAUCUCCGCUUGAGGCAGUUCCAAACAACAUGAAAUGUUUUCUGAUGGAUGAUCGAGGCUACUUAAUUGCUCACCCCAGUUUAAUAGACCCCCUGGCAAAAGGAGCAGCAGAUGAGCAGCACCACAUCACACACAGAGAGUCUCUGUUGGCCAAUGAUCUGCUCAAUCACAAAGGAUUAGUGAAGAAACUGGUAUGUAAUGACUUCACGAGUAACACUGUACAGAGGUUCUAUCGGUUCAAUAUGAGCCUGGACCAUGUGGUGACCAACAUGAUAUCUGGGGAGCAGUGUGUACGCUAUCAGCUGACCCGACUCCAAGGAACCAACAUCUUCCUCGGUGUUGUAAACACCACCUGUGACCUUGUUACAGCAUUCUGUCCUUGCAAUACAAUUGACAGACACUGUUUGAACUGCAAUAGGAUGGAGCAGAAUGAGUGUGAAUGUCCUUGUGAGUGUCCAUUGUUCCAAGAUUCUGACUACUGUGAGGAACCAAAGACUCAAUACUCUAACGAGCCUUGCCCACCCAGCUCCGAGCCCAGACUACAUAUCCCCCAGAGUGUGAUCAAUGUACUAUCUAAAUCUUCUGUCAAACCUUGUUUCCAAACUAGCUGCGAUCUGCUGACCACUCAUAGGUCGUGCCUGGGUGUGAUUGGGUGUGAAUGGUGUCAGCUUCAGUCUGAUGGGAUAACUCGUCUGCCUGCCUCAUUCUGUACACACCAGGCUUACUGCUAUAACGGCAUUAUUGGCUCAAGUGCAGAUAGUACCCGAUUGUUAAACAGUGGUGUAGAUUCUGUAAGCCCUGGACUUCCGUUUGGCUCAGUGGGAGGUGGAGUGUUUGCACUAGUACUUGCCCUCUCUCUCAUGUUGUACUGCUACUGCAAGCAUAGUGUUCGAGCGUCUCAGGGCUAUAUGGUCCCUGAUUCGUCCUUUCACAUGCUUACCAUGGACAAGAAUAGCCACACCAAAAUCAUUGAGGAACCUCCUACAGGUGCAAACACAGGAUUGGUCUCUAACGCCCAAGAGUUGAGUGUGGCACUGAUGAACCCAUCAGUAUCAGUGUCUCCAUACCGUAUGAGUGCAGGUUACCGUCGGCCUCCCACUGGUGACAGUGACCACGGCUACUCCACCAUGACACCCCAUGAGGAUACAGAACCUCCAGAAGGAGCUCAACCUCCCACACCCCCCUCUCUCACCCCCCCACACCAGACACUACUGCCUCACCACAUCAUUGCACCUGUCACUGUUCACAUGGCUAUGGAUACAUAGUAAACCACUAUAAAACAUGUAUUCUUUUUUAUGUUGAUUUACUAAAUAAAGCAGAUAAUUUAGUAGUGUUUAGAUGACAAGUUUUGGAAAGUUAUAUGUAAUGCAAUAAGUCAACAGCUCACAUGUCCACUAAUAUCCAGCUAAUUAUUGGAAAAUAAACAUAACUAGUAUUGAAGUGUUAGGGAACAUCAUUGAUAUUUGUUAGAUGUAAAAAAGAAGAACCCCUACAAAUUACAGUAAUAACAUUUGUGUUUUAUCUAAUGUCUCCCUUAUACAGCUCAAAUAAGCUUAACAAUGGCAAAAUUAUGGUAAAAAUUUCAAAACUAGUAAUAAUUGUUUCUUUAUACUAAAAUUAAAUCAAAUGACCUUUUUCUAGUUGAAUACCUAUUCUAGUUGUUAUAUAAAUGUUUUGUAAAUUUUAAACCAAUAUUUUAACGUUUCUCUGUUUGUUUGUUAUUGUGUGUUGUUUAUUUAACCCUUUCCACUCGAAUUAUGUGAAGCCAGUUUUCACCAUCUGCGCUAUACUACUUUCAAUAUUUGUUAACAUUUCUUUCAACCAGCCACCUGCUAUCAAUGGUUCCUGAUUUUCCAAUACAGAUGGCGAUGAAGUUUUUGUGUUGUCAUUUUUCUUCCUGAGGGAUUUUGAACUGUCAUUCUGCCGAGGUGCAUUUUCUUUGAAUUAAGCAAGUUUCUUCUUUAGCAUCUUCGCUUCAAUUUCAAGAUACUGAACUUGAAGCUCACUUCUGUAGUUGACAUCUCAAAAGUUUCUUUUCUUCCUAUAAAAUUAUAUAUCUUUUUCUGAAAUUUUCCAUCUCUUCUUCUUUUAGAGCGAGUUUUUCCUGGAGCUCUGCAAUUCUUCCAUCAGCGUUUGUUAACUCAAUAGCAAUAUUUGUCUUCAGCUUCAAUUCUUCAUUGUGUUUAUUUAUGGUUGUGUGUAACUUAUCAAUUUGAACUAAAUUUCUUUACAGUUAGUCUCUGCUAUAGUUAACUAAUUUGUUAAGUUAUUUAUAACCAUAUUUUUUAUUUUCCAGUCCGGUUUCAAACGUCCUAAAAAAAUAAGAUUUGCCUAUUGAACCGGUAUAUGUUAAUGUGAGAUAUUAUCCAUAUUGACAACUGAAUGUCAUAAAACUUUUCAAAACUUGUGUUCUAUUUAGAUUUUACAAAGAUUGAAUUGAAAUGAAGUCAGUGACAUGUUACCAUUGUUUAUGUUCACUGAUGCCGUAUUUUUCAAACAAAAAGUUUGUUUAUUUUUGAGCUAUAUUUGAUAAAAAUUGUCCAUAUGCAUUAUGUGCAGAAUAUGACAAUACUUAAUGUUAUGUAAAUAGUGUUUUAAACUACAGCAAUCUGUUACAUUGUGUUAGUUGUAUAAUAUUGUGUACAACAAAUCUGUGAUUUAAAGGAAAAGCUAUUUUUUAUCAUAUGAAUAAUUUAGUUUCUAAGAUUUGAGAGUUUAGUGUGUAAGACUUAAAGUAUUGUAGUUGUAGUGUUAUUGUUUGUUAAUAUUUACAGUAUAAGAUGAAAAGUAAUGUUCAAUUUUUUAUUUUAAUCCCGUUGUGUGUAAGUGUUUCCUUCUUAGCAUUAGAACAAUGAAGUUCCUCCAAUUUAUGUUUGGGUCUUUGAAUGUAUAUUUAGGUUUAGGAUUUUCAUUAAUACUCAUUUUACAUGUAAUUAUAUUUUAUACGAAGAACAAUCUAGUUUUGUUAGAAUAUACUAUUUUCUUAAUUUAAUAUAAAUCACACAAUUCGUAUUCUUCAUAAUUUAUAAAUUAUGUUAUUUUAUAAGUGAUAAAUAUUAACUCUUUUAGGACCAAACAAAAUUAAAAACCUUUAUGGGAUGCUCAAUUUUUAAGUCACUUAUUACGUAUUACUUUACUAUUAUUUUUACUUAUUAUUGCUACCUGGACCAUCGAAAAUAGCGUUAUUGCAUAUUCAUUUAUCGCUGAUAGAUUAUCUGCCUAGUCCUAAAAAGGAUGAUAUUCUUCACUUAUAAAAUAACUUGAUAUGCAUUUCUUUGUUUGUACUGCUGAUUUUAAGUGCCAAAACAUUGAAACAGAAAAAAAGGGAAAUCAUAAAGUGUCUUCAGACAACUUCUCAAACGUAAAUGAAUAUUGUUGAACAGGUACAAGCAGUGGCUUGUUUAGUGAUUUAUUAUGUGUACUGUUGUGUACACAUGGCAAGCUAGAAGUCUGCCUGUACUAGUCUGAGCAUGUCAUAUUACUCAUGUGUUAAAUUGGAAAUUAUUAACCUCAAAAAAAUAAGCAUACCACCAGUUCCAGAACAUCAAAGACAGUCUGAAGAGUUUUAAUUAGUCAGCAGAGGUUCUAAACCUCUAUUUGAUGCCAUUCAUCGUCCCAGAGGGACAGGCAGUCUGUGAAUUAUCCGUGGAAAUUCCUUAAAAUCUAGGUAUUUUUGACUUACAAGGUAUUCAAGAAUGUAUUGCAUUAAUUUUGAACGUAUACAAGGAGAAUGGUAUGAUAAUAAUUUUGGAUAACUAAACAAAAAAUGGGGUUCUUAAAAUUUUUUGGUCCUGGGUGUUAAAAUGUCAUAUUCCUAAAUAAAAUUCAUUCAAAAAAUGAGACAAUGAUUUGAAUUUUUUAUAGUAAUUAAUAAUGUAUCAUAAGUGGAGUUUCCAGGAAGGCUUAUUUUUUACUCCCUUCCCACAAAACAUGGAACUGUUUUUGUAAUAAAAUCCAUUUCGGGCACAAAUUUUAUGGCUUGUUUAUAUCGAAUUGUUUUGGAAUGAACUGUUUAUUUGAAGUUAUAUUGCUUAAUCCAACAUCUGAAAACUGUAAUUGAUUAUUAACUCAUGUACAAAAAGCCAAUCAGAAUCAAUAAGGGUCAUCCAAAUUUCAUAUCUGUCCCAUAACUGUUUUUAGUUAAUCGAGAUGUUUAAAAUGGUUUGCAACUUACGAUGCUUACGAAAGAUUUUCCAUUAACCGUGUACACGUCUGAUGGGUCUUAUUCAUGAAAAGAUGAAGAAUUACUAAAACCAUUCUUCUGUGACUUUAUACGUAUUUUACAGGCCCUAUAUGGAGCACAAUUUUAUUAUCAUGUUGAACAAUGAAAUAUUUUGUAAGUAGGUCAGGAAACUUAACAAUGUCAGAAUGUACACAUUCCAGUUUCUUAUUCCUUAAAUGGUUUCUUCCCUUUUUUUUGUAUUUUUAUUACAGCCUAAACUGUGUUUGUAACAGGGUAGCUUUGAUGUUUGUACAAUGUUAUUGUUAAAAUAUUCAACCGUCAAAACUUUCCUAGAGUGCGACUAGAAAACAUUUUAUGGUGUGAGCUAUAGGGUGUGUAAUACUGUCUUAAGUGUCCAAUAUGUGCAAUAAGUCAAUGUUUAAAAUGUGAAAAUAUUUUUCUUAACGUUGCAUGAUGGCUGUCAAUAUGCAACUUUACUUGAAAUAGCACUAAUUCACCAAAUAUUUAUUUUGUAAAAAGCAACUAAUAAUCUUUCAUAGUUUAUCAAGUAAAAGAACACGUUUCAUACAAUAAAACCUAUUAGAAACUAGUUUCAGUAGUCUUUUUAGUUGCCAGAAUCUGGAUAAUUUGGCCUAAUUGUAAAAACAGCUAUUGUAUUCACAGCAGGCAUUUGUUUGUUUUCAUAUUUUCGUCAGAUUAGGAGUAAUAAGAGUGUAGAUCCUAUAUGCUAUUACAAUUGUAUGUAGACUUCUGUCCAUUAUAUUAGAAAAUUGUUUGGCCUAAGCUUUAUUUGAUUAAUUCUCCUACAAAAAUGGAUGUAUAUACAUGUUCUUUAGUUUAUUAAAAAAAAGAACUUUUAAGCAAACAAGUUUUUUAAAUAAUAGUUUAUAUUAUUUCGUACAAUAUUCCCUCCCUUUUUAUUUGAAAAUUUCAGAAGUUCAAGUUUUUUAUAUGUAAACCAAGCAUUUUUAUCCAAUUGUUAUUUUUUUAUAUAAAUCCCCAUAGAAAUAACACUUCAAUAUUUACUCUUGCCUUUAAGAGGAUUAAAUAUAGUAUAUGCUAUGUACAUUUAAUUUUGAUUUAACCACAUAUAAGCUAUGACUAAUAAAUAUUUGCAUCAAUUCCAUAUUUUACACUUCCAGUUUUACUUCAUAGCAUUAACCAGGAAUUUUUUGCACACUCCUGUUUGUUUAUGUGUAUACAGGGAGGCUGAGAAUUAUCAUAAUAGUAAUAACGUUUAAUGGUUAUACUUUUGAAAAUGAAAACCCUCCACAUGAGUUUAGGGCCAUAAAAACAAUUUUUAUUUGUCUUGAUUUUCUUCAGAGUUGUAGAAAUUGAAUUUAUAACACCUUUAAAAAUAGUACUUUCCAGUCUAUAUUUUCACAAAAAAAUUGCUACCAACUCUUCACAGGCUAUCCCUUUGAGGCCUAUCCUUAUGACACAUCAAUGAUGGUAUAAAAAGUAAGUUUUCAUUUUCAUGGUAUAAAUAUGUAGAGUUUUCAUUUUAAGAUUUCAACCAUUAAAAAGUUAUUCUAUAUUUCUGAUAAUAUUCAUCAUCCCUAUAUAACUUCACAUUAUUUCAUAUAUACUUUGUUUAUCAAAUAUUUGCCAAGUGUAUUAAAUGAAGUGGCAUUGUGCGUUGUUUACCUGCUUGUUGUUUCCACUCAACAUAAUACAGCGUAUUUUAAAAUUUUUUAUUGAUUUACUUACUGUUUUAUUAUUGACCGGUGUUAUAUUCAAUUGUAUUUUAAUAUAUUGAACCUCUGAACAAAUGUCAAGUGUAUCUUACGCUUAGUGCCAGUUUCGGCUCUGCCUUAUUUUUAGCUUUGUUAUACUUAAGACAACAAACAUGUACAAUACUAAUAAUAAUGUAAAGACUGUUACUUCUACUUUCAGUAUUGUAAUUUAUAUUUUGUAUAAUAAAACAGUUUUUAAUGUUUUCAAACUG